AUGGCUGAAGACGGCACUGUUACUGAGGGUUUCAACGGAGAGCUGCCGGUAAACCACCGACUGUUGGUGGAGAGGUUUUCUGAAGUGGUUGAUGAGGCUUACAAAGAAGUUUGGAAAAAGUAUUUUGCUGUUGCAGACGAAAUGACAGAAGUGAAGCAGCAGCAGCAGCCGCAGCAGCUGCAGCAGCAGCAGUUCUCGCAGCAGCAAGCGACGCCCGUUAGCGCGGUUGAAGUGGCGUCGGGAGUGGAGUCUCUGGAUUUGGAGGAGGGCGAGAAGGUGGAAGUGGCAAUUGUGUCUUCUUCUGAUGGCCUUAAUUUGGAGAGUUUGGAGAAAUACAUUAAAGUCGAAGAAGUCAACAAAAUGAGCGUCGAGGCCCUGGCCUCUGGCGCGUUCGCAGCGGCUCCCCAGGCGCUUGCCUUGUUUGCAGCAUCAGCGCUGUGUGUGUUGCUGCUGAGGUGA